CUUCCAAGAUAUUCUUGUGGAAGAACUGGGUGCAGACGACUGAAUGUUAGAGAAAAGAUUCUAGCGUCUGUUCAAGUGAGGGAUUUGAUUCUUUGCUGAGUCCAAACUCAGCUAGAAGGACGGCCGGAGCCUUACUUGCUGGCCGUUUGGACAUUUUAAUUCCCUGUAGAUGAUUUUGUGUUGCUCGGGUGCCAGUCCCGUGGCUGGCACUGCCAACCUCUUUCAUACACAUAGAGUACCGAGUUCGUCCCGUAGAAUUAAGGCCAUGUCUACAUGGCUGCUUCUCUGCAUCUCUGUGGUCGCCUUAGGGACCCUUUCUCAAGGCGUCAGCGCACAAAGAAGAAGAGGUGAUGUAGAUACCAAACCAUGUGGAGCUGGCUGCGAGACUGGAGGAAACUGCAGAUGUAUAGGAGAAAAAGGCUCCAGGGGUGCACCAGGAGCCAUUGGUCCUUCUGGUCCACAAGGUAACCAAGGCUUCCCUGGACCCGAAGGCCUUCCUGGACCCAAGGGGAUGAAGGGUGAUAUUGGUCCUAAUGGACCACUUGGAGAAAAGGGAGCCAGGGGUAAGAUGGGGUCACCUGGCUUCUCUGGCAUCAACGGUAUUCCUGGAUUCCCUGGCCCACCUGGACCUCGGGGUGCUACUGGUCUGGAUGGUUGCAAUGGAACUCAGGGAGAUCCUGGAUCUCCUGGUCUGCCAGGUAUUCCCGGAGAAGCUGGUACACCUGGUCAAGAUGGUAUUCCUGGUCUUAAGGGAGAGCCAUCAGUUGCUGGAGUAACCCUCCCAGGACAGAAGGGAGAGCCUGGAGCAGAUGGCCUACCCGGGUUGCCUGGAAGUCACGGAAGAGAUGGACCCAUUGGCCCCAAAGGAGAACCUGGCUUAGCAGGACCACCAGGUCCCUUUGGUGACCGAGGACCCCCAGGAGAGAAAGGUAACAUGGGUUUGGGCACUCAUGGAGAAAAGGGCCAGAAAGGUUCCACUGGACCCCCAGGCAACCCUGGACCCCCAGGUGGUCUAGGAGCUCUCACCAAUCCUCCAGGACAAAUCCAAGGACCUAAGGGACUGAAGGGCAUGCUUGGAGAUGAGGGUAUGAAGGGUGAACCUGGUCUGCCUGGCAUGAAGGGACCUGCUGGUCUGCAGGGCCUACCUGGUCCACCAGGAAUGGUUGGUGAGAAGGGCGUACCUGGCAUUGCAGGUCCUCGUGGUAAACAAGGUUAUCCGGGGGUUCCUGGUCAACCUGGACAAAAGGGUGACCGCGGUAUGGAUGGUCUCCCUGGUGUAGCUGGCCUUGGUGGUAUGAAGGGAGAUCGUGGUCUGUCUGGUGUUGAUGGUCUUCGUGGUCAGAGAGGUCCCCCCUGGUCCAGCAGGAUAUCUUUCUGGUCAAACUGUGGACCUGGAGGAGAUGGUCCACCUGGUCCAGUUGGACCCGCUGGUCCACGUGGUCUGCCUGGUGAUCCAGGACUGCCAGGCCUCCCUGGACCACAAGGUCAGCGUGGUAAUGAUGGUCCAUUUGGUGGUCCUGGAAUCCCUGGUGUGCCUGGUACUCAAGGUCUUGAUGGCCCCAAGGGAGAUAGAGGAGAUUCUGGAGUUCCAGGUAUUGCUGGACUGGAUGGUCGCCCUGGUACUCCUGGUCUAUCUGGACAGAAGGGAGAGCCUGGUUUCCCAGGUGAAGGUGGAGCAAGUAUUCCUGGUGUCAGGGGACCAUCUGGUUUGCCUGGUCUGGAUGGUAUUCCUGGGGUGAAGGGAGAGAGAGGUCCUAAAGGUCUGCCUGGUCCACCUGGAAAUUCUACCAAGGGUUUGCCCGGCCCCUCAGGUCCCAAGGGAGAGAAGGGUCAGGGAGGUUUCUCUGGUUUGCCUGGUCGUGAUGGUCUUCCCGGUCUCCCUGGAGAUAAAGGUGAUCGUGGUGGUUCCUGCAGCCUUUGUCAGAAUGGUCUUAAGGGAGAGAAAGGUCUGUCUGGUCUAGAUGGUCUGCCUGGACAGCCUGGUGUACCAGGUGAGCCAGGACCAGUUGGAACCAAGGGAGAGCCUGGCGAGGAUGGUCCUCCAGGUCUGUCUGGCCUGCCUGGUCUCAGGGGUGAGGAUGGUCUGCCUGGCCUGCCUGGUAUUCAAGGUAUCAAAGGAGAAGAUGCAAGAGCGGAGGUCAUUCCUGGGCCUGAGGGUUUCAAGGGUGAGCGUGGUGAUGUUGGUCUUCCUGGUGAGUCUGGUCGCCGAGGUCUCCCUGGACCACAGGGACCCCCUGGGGCUCCCGGUCUGCCUGGAAUCAAGGGAGAGAGGGGAACAAAAGGCCUUCCUGGUUUAGAUGGUCGCCCUGGCAACUCAGGAGAACCUGGUAUUCCUGGCUCAAGAGGCCAGCCUGGACUUGGUGUGCCCGGUUUCCCUGGUGACCGUGGUGACCCAGGAGUGUCUGGUCUGCCUGGUCUUCCUGGUAUGAAAGGAACGAAGGGAGAAGCAGGAUUUCUUCCCAAUAACGUCUGGGACACAUUGAAGGGAGAACAAGGAGAACCAGGCCUGUCCGGGCCAUCAGGUAUUCCUGGCAUGCCAGGUUUGUCAGGACAGAAGGGAAAUCCAGGUUUGCCUGGCAACUCUGGUUUGGAUGGCCUACCCGGAUUUAAGGGAGAAUCUGGUCUGCCUGGUUUACCUGGCUUGUCUGGUCCAAGAGGUCUUCCUGGUCCACGAGGGGACAAAGGAGAACCAGGAUUGCCAGGAUUGUCAGGACCAAAUGGACUGAAAGGAGAUGGUGGUCUUUCUGGUCUUCCAGGCAUUGCAGGGUUGAAGGGAGAGACUGGUUUCCCUGGAGAACCUAUUGUGGGACCCAAGGGAGAAGCUGGUUUGCCUGGUCUGCCUGGAGGAAAAGGACUUGUUGGUUAUGCUGGCCCAGAAGGUCUGCGUGGUGCCCCCGGCUUGACUGGUCUCAAGGGUGAAUCUGGCCAGCCUGGUUUGCCUGGUCUUGAUGGUCUUCCUGGUGUGAAAGGGGAGCCUGGGCUGGAUGGACAACCUGGAUUUCCUGGAAACGAUGGACCAGAGGGUCUGCCUGGACUUCCUGGUGAGCCUGGCAGUAAGGGUGACUCUGGGCUGCCUGGCCUCCCUGGACUCUCUGGACCAAAGGGCGAGUCUGGUGAACCUGGACCUGCUGGACAAUCUGGCCUUCCUGGACUUUCUGGCGUCAGAGGACCACCCGGACAAAGCGGUCAAGAUGGUUUGCCUGGACUGCCAGGUGUGAAGGGUGAUCCUGGACUGAUGGGUUUCCCUGGUGAACCUGGACGUGAUGGUCUGCCUGGUCUUCAGGGUUUGGCUGGGCUCAAGGGAGAAACUGGUGCAGCUGGCUUCCCUGGUGAAAGUGGUCGUGAAGGCAUUAGAGGAUCAAAGGGUAGUGGUGGUCUGCCUGGCCUGCCUGGUCUGAAGGGAGAUGCUGGAGAGGCAGCACUACCUGGACUUCCUGGUGACCGAGGCGAAGAUGGUCUACCUGGAAUACCUGGGGAACGUGGACAGGACGGUCUGCCUGGUCUGUCUGGAGAUAAAGGAAGCCCAGGGGAGCCUGGUGUCGGCCAGCCUGGCAGAGAUGGUGAACCUGGAGUGCCAGGACGUGAUGGAGAACCUGGACUUCCUGGUCUUGGAGGACCAAAGGGAAAUCCUGGGCCUGUAGGAUUCCCUGGUCUAAAGGGAGAGAGGGGACAGCCUGGUCUUGAUGGUCGCCCUGGCCAGCCUGGAAGAGAUGGUCUGUCUGGAAUGAAAGGAAACUCUGGCCUUCCUGGCCUGCCUGGUGCUCCUGGUAGCAAGGGAGAGUCUGGUCUGCCUGGCCUACCAGGUACUUCUGGCCUUAAGGGUGAUGCAGGUCUGGAUGGGCGUCCAGGUCUCCCUGGUUUGUCUGGUCCAAAGGGAGACAGAGGAUUCAAUGGUCGGGAUGGAGAGCCAGGACUUCCUGGACUUAAGGGAGAUGGGGGUGACUCAGGCCUGCCUGGGCUCCCAGGUUUGUCUGGAGCUAAGGGAUCACCUGGUCUGUCUGGUCUGCCCGGAGCUCCAGGAGGGAAGGGUGAGCCUGGGUUCCCAGGUCUUGAUGGGCUUCCUGGUCAAUCAGGACUACCAGGAGAGAGAGGUCUGGAUGGCCCUGCCGGUCCCCCUGGUCUGCCUGGUCGCUCCACACAGGGUCUGAAGGGAGAGCCUGGACGUUUAGGCCAGCCUGGUAAUGAUGGACGUCCAGGACUGAAGGGAGAUCCAGGUAUGCCUGGACUUGAUGGCCUGCCUGGUGUAAAGGGUGAACCUGGACAAUCCUCUGAUGGUCGUCCUGGACUUAAGGGAGAGCCUGGACUUCCUGGACGAGCUGGUCUGCCCGGAGAGAGUGGACAGCGUGGUAACGAUGGCCUGCCUGGUUUACCUGGUCUUAAGGGUGACCGCGGACAGAACGGAUUCCCCGGAGAGCAAGGACGCGAUGGCCUUCCUGGUCUAAGUGGAUCCAAGGGGAUAUUGUAUAAGACAAACGUAACCAUAUUGAAUCUUUCUGAAUUACCUUUAAUGCAGGUAACUCUGGCUUGCCUGGACUCCCCUGGUAUCUCUGGUGGGAAGGGAGAUAGUGGUCUUCCUGGUCUUCCUGGAAUCCUGGGACCAAAGGGAGAAGCUGGUCUACCUGGUCUGUCUGGUCGGGAUGGAACACCAGGUCAACCUGGUGCCUUUGGUUUGAAGGGAGAGCCUGGUUUGCCCGGUGUUGUGAAUUACGAACAACUUCCUAAAGGAGAUCGAGGAUUCAAGGGAGACCCUGGUCUGAAUGGUCUGCCAGGUCUCUCUGGAUCCAAGGGAGAAUCAGGACGCCCUGGAUCUCCUGGUAUCCCCGGUGAGCCUGGUCCAAGUGGUCUGCCAGGAUUCAAGGGAGAGCGUGGUACCCAAGGUCUACGAGGUCUCGACGGUCUGCCUGGAACUGCAGGAACACCAGGUCAGCGUGGUCCAUCUGGUUUGCCUGGUGACCGUGGUCUACCUGGACGUUCCCCACCCACUGGCUUCCUCCUUGUGCGGCACUCCCAGUCUCAGCAAGUACCCAGCUGCCCCAGGGGUCAAGCCCAGAUGUGGGAUGGUUACAGCUUGCUCUAUAUUGAAGGAAAUGAAAAGUCACACCACCAGGACCUAGGAUGGGCCGGAUCCUGCAUGCCACGUUUCAGCACCAUGCCUUUCUUGUUCUGUAACGUGGACAAUGUUUGCAACUACGCCAGCAGAAAUGACAGGUCCUACUGGCUUUCAACAACUGCUCCUAUUCCCAUGAUGCCUGUAGCUGAGGGAGAAAUCCGUCCAUAUAUCAGUCGCUGUGUUGUAUGCGAUGCUCCUGCUAAUGUGAUUGCUGUCCACAGUCAAACACUGCAGAUACCAGAUUGUCCCAAUGGUUGGAACGGACUCUGGAUAGGAUACAGUUUUGCUAUGCAUACAGCAGCAGGCCCUGGUGGUGGCGGCCAAUCUCUCUCCAGCCCUGGCAGUUGUCUUGAAGACUUCCGAGCCACUCCAUUCAUUGAAUGUAAUGGUGCUCGUGGCACAUGUCAUUACUUUGCUAAUAAAUACAGCUUCUGGCUCACUACUAUAGAAUUAAAUGAACAAUUUAGUUCACCACGUUCACAAACACUUAAAGCAGGAAACCUCCGGACUAGAGUUAGUAGAUGUCAAGUUUGCAUCAAAAAUGUGUGAGAUGGUCAUAAUUUGGUCUCUUGUUCAUAGUAUUGUAAAACUUGUAGGCGAUAUUGAUGAGGUAAGAAAAGGGAAAUUUUGUCUUUUGUCCUAAAGGCAGGAAAAAUGUGAUGUUUUUGUUUGUACUAUUAUGGAAGUCAAUUUUGAUGUCUAUAAUUUUAUAACUGACUACCAGGGCAAGCCAACUCGUGCCUUAUAACUGAUUCAAUGGUGCUAUGUUUUCUGCGAAGACGUGAGAGUUUCAUGCUCAAGUUUACUCUAUUUUCUAUUAUCGCAUAAGAAACCUAUUUACGUCCGGGAUCGCCAAAAUAACUCUUUACUUGACAAGGCACAAACUUAGUGUGGACGAGAGAUUGGACAGGAAAGCAGUGCAAAGCACCUAAGGAUCAGAAAAUCAUUAAAUGAACAAUAACAAAAUUGCUGAUGCUCAAACUAUCUAAAGGUACAAAAGUGGUUGGUCAGAAAAAUAGCAAUACCAAUGUGCUUUGUCAAGUAAAGAGUUCCUAUGAUCCCAGCAACUGUGAUUAUAAAAUAUGUCACUGCCAUCAAUCAUGUAUUUCUGGAUUGUAGUUCCUUUGUUUGCAGCAUUCUUGUGAUGUAUUGUCAAUACAGCCAAAUAAUAGUUAUGUAUUUUAUACCCUUCUUAUGCCUUUUGAAAUGAAUUCUGGCCAAACUGUUAAAAGUGUUUUCGUCAAUGGUUUUCAUUUUCUGAACAGUUAUAACAGAAAUCUAAAGUCCUCGUGAAAAUGAGUUUUGUUAGUAACACAGGAUCUCAAAAUUCCAUCCGACUGGUUUCUGUUCACCUCAGAAGCAUUCUUCUAGCAUAGAAUACUCAUGUAUAUAGAUGACGUUUGUAUGCUGGUCUUGUAUGGUCGUUUCUAUUGUAUAGUACAGAUUGACACUCUGGUCUCUUUCUCUCCUAGUCAUAGUGUUUCGUAAGUGCCAAAUUUCUACCAUCACAACCUCUCUGCUCUAGUAGUUCUUCUAGAGGUAAUAGGCAUAAUGUGCAAUGUUCUGAAAUCAACAAUUGAUGAAUAUAUGAACAAACAUUUAAUAAGAACAAUAAAGUCUUUUACACAAA